GGCCCAGCAAGUCGAGAAGGGCGGGGCAUCGCGUAGCUCCUUCACGGCUCCGCGAUGGGGGUGAAGCUGGAGGUGUUCCGGAUGAUACUUUAUCUGUCUUUUCCUGUUGCCAUGUUCUGGAUUUCUAAUCAAGCAGAGUAUUUUGAGGAAUAUGUAAUCAAACGAAAGAGAGAGAUCUUUCCACCUGAAGAUGAUUUCAAGAGGAAGGAGUUGGAAGCCUUCAAAGAGCGAAUGAGGAAGAAGCGGGAGGAGAAUCUGCUGCAGAUGACUGAAGAAUAGUAUUUUUAUGAGGCAGAUGAUGCAGUUCCCAAAAGUUGCCAAACAAGGAUCCUUCUGCUUUAACUUUAUUGUUUUCAAAUAUUGCUCUAAAAGACGUUGCGGACAAUGAGGUGAAAAUAAUUGCAACACAGCUCCACAGUAAUAGUUCUACACCAAUCUGCUAGGGUCCUGCAGCCUUCCACAGGCAAGGCAAGGCUAAGUCAGGAGUGGCUGUGGACUCUUUCUUCUUGGAGCUGCUCUUUUGCCUCUUGCAACUGUUUAAAGCCCUUGAUUCAACUGAAGAAAAAUGGCUCAUGUGAAUCACUUCCAAUAAAGCCAGUGUGGUGUACAGAUAAUGUGG